AUGUUAUCCCGGCAAGACUUCCUCCGCCUCCUGGAAAGGCAUGGCCCAAUGGUCAUCGACGGCGCCCUCGCGACAGAGCUGGAGUCAAGAGGCUACGAUCUGAACCAUUCCCUCUGGUCCGCUAAAAUCCUCGAAGAAGACCCAAUGGUCAUCAAACAAGUCCACCUGGACUACUUCCUCGCCGGUGCCAACUUCGCAAUCACCGCUUCCUACCAAGCGAGCGCCGCUGGUUUUGCUGAACAUUUGAAUCUCAACGAGGAGAAAGCCACGGCCCUCAUCAAGCGUAGCGCUAUGCUUGCCCGUCUUGCUGUAGAGGAGGCCUACGGCCAGACUGUUAGACGAGAUGUCCCUCUUCUAGUCGCGGGCAGCGUGGGCCCCUAUGGAGCGUAUCUAGCUGACGGGUCAGAAUAUCGCGGGGACUACCAGCUCUCCAAGUCUGGCUUUCAGAAUUUCCAUCGUGCACGAAUCCGAGCUUUGGUCGAUGCCGAGGUGGACUUGCUUGCAAUUGAGACCAUGCCUCAAGUUCACGAAAUCGAAGCCGUCCUUGAGCUCCUGCGUGAUGAGUUUUCCACCACAACCGCUUGGGUUAGCUGCACCUUGAAGGACUCACAGCAUAUCAGCGAUGGCACUUCCCUCGUGGAACUAGCAAAGCUACUUCAAGCACAUCGCGAACGAGUGCUGGCCUUUGGAUUCAACUGCAUCUCGGCUGACCUGGCUACAGACGCGCUGCAACAUUUGACAGGACAGCUCGACGUUCCACUGCUCGUGUAUCCCAACUCGGGAGAAAAGUGGGAUGCUCAAACGAACACUUGGUCGAGCUCCUCGUCUGGUCCCUUGGAUUUCGGUCAGCUUGCUCGCCAUUGGCAACAGCAUGGCGCUGGCUUGAUCGGAGGUUGCUGCAGGACGACUCCUACGGAUAUCAUUGCCAUUUCGCAGGCCCUGAAGCGAUAA